ACCUCUACUAGCGCCGAGCCCGCUGCCGCUGCCGCCGCCGCCCUGGGUGCCCCCCGCCACCGUCAUGGGAACUCCGCAUCAGAUGCUCCAACCGCCGCUUUGUCCGUGGGCCAUGUCGUGAUCCGUGGGCUCCGCCAGCGGGUUUUCUAUCCGUGAUCCCGACCGAGGCUAGGAGGGAAGAGGAGGAGGAAGAGGAGGAGGUGGGAGAGAGGGAAGAGGAAGGGGGGCAAGGUGGUGGUGGUGGUGGCGGCGGCGGCGGGGAAGAUGUUUGCCUCGGUGGGCCCUCGGGGCGGCCCGCGCCCACCCGUCGCCCCGGCCAUCCCGGAGCCGGACCUCAGUCACCUGACGGAGGACGAGAGGAAGAUAAUCAUGGCUGUGCUGGCUCGGCAGCGGGAGGAAGAGGCGAAAGAGGAGGCCAUGUUAAAAGAAGAAAAGCCUAUCCAAGCCAGAACAGUGAACCUGGUUGGACAGAAGAAACCCCCGCAGCAAAACGACGUCCGAGGUAUCCAGCAGCAGUUAUCCAGCUACAGAGAGACUGUGAUCCGACAGGCCACAGCAGCGGCAGGCUCGGCCGUUCACCGGGACGACGCGCCGACCUGUGGCAUCUGCCACAAGACCAAGUUCGCAGAUGGCUGUGGGAACCCGUGCUCGUACUGCCAGACCAAGUUCUGCGCUCGCUGUGGGGGGCGCGUGUCCCUGCGAUCCAACACGGAGGACAAAGUGGUGAUCUGGGUGUGCAAUAACUGCCGAAAGCAGCAGGAGAUUCUGACCAAGCCAGGGGAGUGGUUCACCGGGCCCCCCGGGAAGCCCGCUGGCCUCGGUUCAGCCGUCAGCGAGCCGUCAGUGUGCCAAGCUCCUGGGGAUAAGAAGCUCAGAUCUCGCUCUCAAGCACCACCGGGGUCCACCACUGCAAUCUACGACCCCAACCGACCGAGCGCACCUGGGACCGCGCCUGGCACUGAUGCUCGGUCGCUCAGUGAACCACCACGAGACACGAGGAAUGGACGGGGUGGAGGAGCUGGUCGGGGAGAGCGGCGGCAAGGCCAGCCCAGGCUGAAGACCCAAGUCUCCAUGGACCGGGACCUCAGGGGGGAGUCUAGGGAACGCAGGGAAAGUCGGCGCCUGACAAAGGGACGAUCUCUGGAGCACGAUCCUGUGGGAGGUGUUGGAGUAAGACGGACAGAAGAGGGGGAUUACCAUCACAUGGACCACACCGGUGCGCCCCCUCGACAAGCAGGGCCCGUCCCUCCUGGGGGCAGGGGCCAUCCUGUGCCCGGGCAGGGUCGAGGCACAGGCGCAGGGGGAGGUGAGGUCGGGGACGGUGCCCGACCUGGACAGAGGACGGCGGGUGGGGUAGGCGGGCUGCAUGAACAUGCUCUUUCACAGCAAGCCCCUCCCCCUGAACUCAGAGAACCUCCCGAUUCAGGUCCUGGCUCAGCCCCGGGCCAGGGACCCUCAGUGAAACGGACCAAACGGGACAAAGCUGAGAGCAUGCUGCGCAACGAUUCGCUAAGCUCUGAUCAAUCGGAAUCUCUGCGUCCGCCACCGCCGCGGCCCUACAAGUCAAAACGAGGGCAGGGGGCCGGAGGGAAGAGACAAACGAGCGUCAGUAGUUCGGAGGAGGAGGGCGGGACCACGCCUGAGUACAGCAGCUGUGAGGAUGCAGAGAUUGAAAGUGUCAGCGAGAGAGGCGACUGGGAAUGCUACCCACAUGACCCCACUGUGUGGCAUCAUCCUGUAACCUGGCAGCCAUCCAAGGAGGGAGACCAUCUGAUUGGACGGAUCACCCUCAGCAAGAGAACUGCUGCCAUGCCUAAAGAAGCUGGCGCUUUACUGGGGUUAAAGGUGGUGGGAGGCAGAGUAACAGAGUCAGGGAGAUUAGGAGCCUUCAUCACCAAGGUUAAGAAGGGAAGCCUAGCUGAUGUGGUGGGACAUCUGAGAGCAGGUGACGAGGUUUUGCAGUGGAACGGGAAGCUGUUACCGGGAGCAACUAUGAAGGAGGUUUACAACAUCAUCUUGGAGUCUCAAGCUGACCCUCAAGUGGAGUUGGUGGUAUCCAGGCCUAUUGGGGUGUAUAGAAAAUAUCAUGAUAUCCCAAGAAUCCCCGACACGUCCCACCCUCCAUUAGAAUCUACAGGUUCCAGUUCUUUUGAGUCCCAGAAGAUGGAGAGACCAUCCUUAAAUGUCCUGUCUCCCUCCAGUCCCGGGAUGCUCCGAGAUGCUCCGCAGUUAAUGCCAGGGCGACUCUCAGUGAAGCUGUGGUACGAUAAAGUGGGUCACCAGCUCAUAGUGAACGUGCUGCAGGCUGUGGAGCUUUCUCUUCGGCCUGAUGGGCGGCCCAGGAGCCCCUAUGUCAAAAUGUACUUCCUCCCUGACCGCAGUGACAAGAGCAAACGAAGGACAAAAACAGUGAAGAAGACCUGUGAGCCAAAGUGGAACCAGACAUUCGUCUACAGUCACGUCCAUCGCAGGGAUUUCCGAAACCACAUGCUGGAGCUGACCGUGUGGGACCAACCCAGGUCUCCAGAGGAGGACAGCAUCUUUCUGGGAGAGGUCCUGGUGGAGCUAGAGACGGCCUUACUGGACGACAAGCCUCACUGGUAUCCCCUCCAAACUCAUGAUGUCUCAUCCAUACCACUGCCCCAGCCCUCCCCAUACCUGCCCCGACGACACAUAGACGCCCCUGGCAAGAAAUUGCAGCGUUCUCAGCGUGUAACAGAGGCUGAAUUUGAUGAGGGUACAGCAGUAGUAUCUAAAGCAGCAGAUGGACGUGGCAGGGAGAGGCAGCGGGAGUCCACAUCUACCCUGGAGGUCCCUGAGCAGCAGAGGACCCCCACCCAUCACAUACGUUCUCGUUCCGUCUCCCCUCAUCGAGAGGAGCAGGGGCGCAUCCGGUCGCGGCCACCCAAUGUCCCCCUCCAGAGGAGCCUGGAUGAUGAGCUUUCUCACGGUCACCGUUCUCGUUCUCCGUCCCGCUACUACGACGCUGGUAGAGGUCGCCAUCAAGGGGAAGGGUAUCUGGACGACAGUGAGGUCUUCACGAUCCACCAAUCAAUGCGAGGCAAAAGUGCUGAGUGCCUGCACACCAGGAGACCUACUAGGCACAAUAACACACUGCCACCUAAGAUGCCACUUUUGUUCAGCAGUUUCCGCAAACAGGCAAAUAGUGAUCUGCAGCCUUCUCUGGACAGGGUUAGGAGCGCUAGUGCCAACUGUCUGGCUCCAAACAAUCAUGCCCCCUCACCAGAGACUGAAAGAAAAUCUUUGUCCCAUUCCCUGCCCCGAAGACGUCCGGCAAGUCCAAGGAUUCUUAUUCAACAUGCUUCCCCUGAAGAUGACAGAAUAUGGAUACUACUUCCGUCUCAAGAGAGUUUAAUUCACCUCAGUACAAAGAAGAGGAAGCCUCGGACCCUGGAAACACCUGAAAGCCACACUCUUGGCAGGAAGCUCUUUGACAGUGGCAGGGGACACCUCCAAAGUGGUGGGUCUCUUUCCUCCUCGGUGACGUCCUCAUCAACUCGCAGAGUGAGGCAACUCCCACAGCUUCCCCCCAAGAGCAGCACUGUAGAACAAGCCCUGGUAGCAGAGGAGCGUGUCCGUCAGCUCCAGAUGAGGGUUCAUUCCAAUCGGGUCUCAGCUCCAGCCACCUCCAGCCAACAGGACCUUGACCGAGCGCUCAAGAAUAAACGAGAGCUCUAUAAGGACCAGAGGAGAAGUAGUGAAAAUGUUUCCCAUAAGUCCUCAGACAGUGAUGUCAGCGACGUCUCAGCCAUCUCUCGAACCAGCAGUGCCUCUCGCAUCAGUAGCACCAGCUACAUGUCCAUCCAGUCAGAGAGACCCCGCGGACGCUUCAGCCGAGCCAUGCGCGCAUCGGGUCGCCACAUGAUGAAGAGCACCAGCAUCAGUGGUGAGAUCUACGGCAUGGAGCACGCUGACGGCAGCCAGUCAGACACGGCACUCGGGAGCCUGGGUAGCGGGAUCAAGAAGCGGCGCUCAAGCUUGAGCCAGCGUGUUGUCGCCAUCCUGCCAUCCAGAAGGAGUCGAAGUACCUCGCAGCUUAGCCAGACAGAGGCGGCGGGUAAGGCGGCGGACAGACAGAAAGAAGCGUCAGCAGGUAAGAAGGUGGGUAAGGCCGGCAGCAGCAGCAUCCAGAGGAGUGUGGAGACGGGCAUGGCGGUGGAGUAUCCACGAGGAGGGUCAGCCAUGAACCGACAGGCGAGCAGAGAGUCGACCGACGGCAGCAUGAACAGCUACAGCUCUGAGGGGAACUUGAUCUUCUCAGGGAUGCGUUUGGGUGCUGACAGUCAGUUCAGCGACUUCUUGGAUGGAUUAGGCCCCGGUCAGCUAGUGGGCAGACAAACGCUGGCGACACCAGCUAUGGGUGAUGUUCAGAUUGGUUUGAUGGACAAGAAAGGCCAGCUGGAGGUGGAGGUGAUCAGGGCACGAGGCCUUACCCCCAAACCAGGCUCUAAAUCCCUCCCAGCUCCCUAUGUAAAAGUGUACCUGCUGGAUAAUGGAACAUGUAAAGCCAAAAAGAAAACUAAGAUUGCACGAAAGACCCUGGAGCCGCUCUACCAGCAGCACCUGCUCUUCGAUGAGAGUCCCCAGGGCAAGGUGCUUCAGGUGAUAGUGUGGGGUGACUAUGGACGAUUGGACCACAAAUGUUUCAUGGGUGUAGCACAGAUACUGUUGGAGGAGCUGGACCUCUCUAGUACGGUGAUCGGCUGGUACAAACUUUUUCCACCAUCCUCCCUGGUGGACCCUACAUUAGCUCCGCUCACACGGCUGGCGUCUCAGACGUCACUGGACAGCUCAGGACCGCCGCCGGGCGUUCGGUCCUAGUGACCGGACGGUGACCGCCUACCCCUCAACACCCCUUAAGUGACAAAAUAGUAUAAUGGACCACAGCUACUGGACCACUACUGAGCAGAGGGGUGACAACACGCCCCGAGGAUGUCGACGAGAAGCCCUCUUUCAAAUGAUGAAAAGCCAGACGGAGAGACAGGGAAUGCGAGUGAGAAAGAGAGGGAGAGAUAGAACUAGCCAAUCAAAGCUUAGCUGGAGUCUGACAAUCACGUCUCACACCUUCCCUCUCCCUCCUCCUUACACCUUUUUGUGUUCAAAGUUUUGCUUUCUUUGUUUUCUCCUCUGACCUGCAGCAGUGGAGGCUUCUGUCCAACAUUGUUUUCUUUUUUCCGUAUUUCCUUGUGCGGCCACUAUCAGAGCACCCAAACAAAGUGGGGUUCUCCGCCUAGUAACCCUCCAGCCAAUCAGAGUAGAGCUUACAGCCAGGCCACAGGGAAAAGUGUGGAAGUAGCAAAUAGUUGCGGCUUCACAGGUUCAGCUGUUGUCUCUUCAGGUUUUACCGUGGCGAUAGUGAUGAGCUCAAGGGGACAGGUCCCGUUUAACCGUGAUGGAAAGGGAGCCUGCACAUGCACUCGCACAUUCUUAGCCUUGACAAGAAAAGCUGGACUCGUUCAUUCGAAUCGAGGCCAAACCUUUUCCGUGUGGAAAGAAAACAUAGACCAAAUUGCGGAUUAGAAUUUCACUUUUGAUUUUGGAUCUUUUGUUUUUUCCUGCCUUUGUUUUUGCCUACUGUCCAGAAUGGUGCCACAUGGUGCAGACUCCCUCUGUGUAUGUCUAUGUUUGGUUUUUGAGCGAUGGCAUGCCAAAGGCCAAUGACAAAGGCCAGGCCACAUUUCUUUGAAUACCCUCCGCCCGACCGCCACCGCCCGUCUCCUCCCCUCCCCAAACCCCUCGAACUCCCCCUGUGGGAGGGAGCAGCAUGACUCGGGGACGCCCCCUCCCCGGCCCCCAAGCUGCAUGCACGUUUCUUUCGUUCCGUUCCGUUUUUUCGGUUCGUUUCUCUACUUUUUUGUAAAAUCGAAAGACGAGACAAAUUAAGGAACAAUUCUCAAAAAAACAAAAACAGAAAAAAAGACUAGACUAUGUGUGUUAGUUCCACAUACUUUUAGGCCAGCUUGUAUGUUGCAUGUUCUUGUACAGUUUGCUCGUACUGAAUAUGAAUACAAACCGAGAAAAGCCAAGCCAUCCCCGCCCCCUAACAAGAGCGGAUCUAAUGGGGGGGAGGGUGACAAUUCCACCCAGGCCUCGCCUACCACUCUGGGUCUAAAUAUCUGUAUUAGGAAGUCUCCAAAAGAAAAAAAAGAAAUUGUCUGAAUUAUUUUUUUUCUUUGAACCCUUUGAACAACAGUGCUGUAGUACUGAGCAUACUCGAACCCCUGGCGUAUCCGAGGAUGUAGGUGUCUAAACUGUAGUUUAUGACGGUCGGGGCUAGAGACAGAGAUAGAGAAUGUGUGUAUAACAGCUAAAUGUAUAUGAAGUAUCAUUAUGAGUUUGAUAUAAAUUAUAAAGAUAUAGAUAUAUGAAUAUAAAAAAAGAGUGUAUCUGACUGUACACCCGUCACCAAUACACGCAGACAUGCACACUUUGUACAUACAAAUUAGGCUUGAACUUAAGUUAUGAACGAACAAACGCAUCGCUGACACACAAACAUUCCUGGUCUUGUUGAGGGGAAUACGCGUCCAGUGCUUGAGCUGCUGAGUGGCUACGAGACACAAGUGGGCGCCAAUAGGCCUUUAUUUUGAUUUUGUCCCAGUUGCAGAAAAACAAGCAGAACCAAUUGGAGCAAAGUUUACUUUCUCUUCCUGAAAACCAUGUUUUUUUUCCCCCCGUUUAUUACUAUUGGUUUGGACUGGACUUCUAAAGCCAACAAGAAACCUGGUUUUGCAGACGACAUAUUUUGCAGAUGUUUUUUUGUUGAAGCACUUGGCGGUACGGCCGACUGCCCCUUUCCUUUGUCAGUAUUACUCCAGGAAUACUGAUUGUUUACAGCCCAUGGCUCCCCACUCCCAAACCACGAUACUAGACGAAAGAUGAAGUAUUCACUGCAACAGUUCUUGUUUGUAUAACAGAUGUGGCUCUACUGAUGUGUAUGUUUUAUAUUCAAGAGUUCAUUUUUAUUAUUUACAAAUAAAAGACUGUGUGGAAGAA